UCAUUGUUGUUGUUUUGUUUGAUAUUUGAAAAGACAUAACAAAAACAAAACAAAGCAACCAAAAUAUAAGGUUUAAUUUCGGCCAAAGCAGCGUUCACCGGGUCCACCGUAGCUGAGCUGAGCCGAGCCACUUCUCCGACGAACGAACUCCUUCUCUCUUCUUCUUCUCACACCAGAUCAGCUGUUGUAGAGGGAAGAAGAGAGUGUUGCUGAGUGUAAUCAAGAAGCUCAAGUUUGACACUUAUUUUGUCGAAGUGGUUGUCCCUAUCACCUGAAGAAGAUCUUUAAGAAAGACGAUUCUUUGGGUAAAUUGUCUGUUAUUAGGUUUUGUUGAGUGAUAACAAAACCAUUAUGGCUGUUGCCGGGAGCGGCUGCAGCAGCAGCGAAGGCUCAACUUCAUUCAAUUGUUACAAAGUAGCAAACUUGACCGAAACCAUAUUGAACGCAACGCAAACUUCUAAUUUGAAGGACCGAUACAUUCUUGGGGAGCAGUUGGGCUGGGGACAAUUUGGUGUCAUUAGAACAUGCUCCGACAAAACGACUGGAGAGGUUUUGGCAUGCAAAUCAAUUGCUAAAGAUAGGUUGGUGACUUCGGAUGAUAUGCAAAGUGUUAAACUUGAGAUCGAGAUCAUGGCAAAGUUGUCUGGGCACCCGAAUGUUGUAGAUCUUAAGGCGGUUUACGAAGAGGAAGAUUUCGUUCAUUUGGUGAUGGAGCUUUGCGCUGGAGGCGAGCUGUUUCACCUGUUAGAGAAGCACGGGAGGUUUUCUGAAUCUGAAGGCAUGGUUCUCUUUAGACAUCUCAUGCAGAUGGUUUUGUACUGUCACGAAAACGGCGUCGUUCACCGAGAUUUGAAGCCCGAAAACAUUCUCUUAGCAACUAAAUCCUUCUCAUCUCCAAUUAAAUUGGCCGACUUUGGCCUUGCGACCUACAUUAAGCCUGGACAGAGUUUGCAUGGUUUAGUCGGGAGUCCAUUUUAUAUAGCUCCAGAAGUAUUGGCAGGUGCAUAUAACCAGGCUGCGGAUAUUUGGAGUGCUGGGGUUAUUCUUUACAUCCUGUUGAGUGGGAUGCCGCCGUUUUGGGGGAAGACAAAGUCGCGAAUAUUCGAAGCUGUCAAGGCUGCUGAUUUGAGGUUCCCAUCUGAACCUUGGAAUCGGAUCUCGGUAUCUGCUAAGGAUUUAAUAAGGCGAAUGCUUUGCAUAGAACCUUCUCAAAGGCUCACUGCUCAAGAGGUUUUGGAUCAUAGCUGGAUGGAAAGCGAUCCAACAAAUCUGGAACAACUAAGUGAAAAUAGAGUCGAAAGUUGUGGAGAGUGGCACGACGGCGGCUCAUUCUCUGCAUCAUUUAUGUCCAGAACUAAUGACAUCAGUUUUGGCGGUGGUUCACCUGCAUGUGACGCUCAAUCACCUACGUUCACAUGCAAAUCGUCGUUUUCUUCCAUUUUCGUGGAACCGGUUACACCUUUUUCUGCCUCUGGCGGGUUUUCAUUUCGAAGCUCGGGAGGUCCCAUCGGUUUGGAAUUUUCUACACCUGUUUCCUCUAUGCCUAGCUUUGCAUUUCUCAGCCACAGUUCUGUUGUCGAGCAAAAGAAUCUUAUAUUCGAGUUCGAUUCUAACACAUCAGAAGUAAAUGCAAUCGCCAAAGGUAUGUAUAGAGUUUUUUGUUUGAAUGAAUAUUUACUAUUAUCGGUUCUUUUUUUAGCUUAUUAUGUGAUAAAUAUACUAUUGCUUCUACUACCAGAUUCUCCUCUUAGCCUUGGAAAUGAUGUUAAAGAAAAGGAUCACAAGCCUGUAGAGACGAAAAGGGCAUGCGGAACAAAUUGUAACCGGACAUUGGGAUUCCACAGCAAGAGAAACCGGACAAUUGGACUUGGCGAGUGUGAGCAACUUGAUCUUGUGGUGACCGAAUCCGUCAUUCGAUGGUUAUCAUGCACACAACUUCCUACAUCACCAAAAUCAUCUCUUGUCUGUUGAAAGGAUAUAUUUCUGGACAAAUUGAUAUAGUGUAGUGCGAAUUUUGCCUGUCUAACACAUUGUACAUCUUUCGUAAGUUUGCUUUGUUAGUCGUCGUCUUCUGGUUUGUGCGAGUUGCGGUUUAGUUGUUUCUAAUCUUGUUGUGGUUCUAAUUGGUCACUGUUAUUGCGAUCUUUUCAUUUGUCUUCUCAUGUUAAUAACUAUCAUGAGUGAGUUACGAAUUGUAUCUUGAUGGUAAUCAAGUGUUUGGUGUAAUUGGAAUGUUUGGAAAUGAACUGUAAAUUAAUGUGUUAA